AAAUGAAUAAUGGAGGAGCCAUUUAUUACUUUGCUCAUAGGCAAAAUGAGAAAAGAAAUACAGAAAAAGUCCUGCGACCAAAAGGUUAUGAUAAGUAUGGCAAACCUUUGAGAAGAAGUUUCUUAAACUCUUCCAUCGAGCAGGCAACACCUGACCCACUGAAGGAAUACGUCCGAAGGCACAAUAGCUCUAAAAGGAAAAGAAAUACAGUAUUUGGCCUCAAUAUAGCAACACUCAAUGAGAAUGGGAGGAGGGAUGGAGCUGGGCUUAGAGCUCGUAACUCCUUACAGAAGAGUGGAUUGACAAGGUCUACUGCAAAAAAGAUCACUAUAUAUAACCCAGAUUUAAAGGAAAGGGAUCCUGUAAUAGAUCCACAAUAUCAAUGAAAGUCUGAGAGUGUUCAAAAAUGAUUGACCACUCAAAGUAUCUCAUCAAACCAGAAGAAGUCCCAGAAAAAUACUUCACAUAAGACCCCAGAAAUUUGUUUGAAAAAGAAGGCUAUUGGAAUUUUUCUGAAUUCAUCAAUCACCAAUAACCAAAAAUUAAAAUUGGAUUCAAAGCCACCAUUACCAUACCAAAACUCUCCUGCGAAGAUUGUUAAACCAAGCUAUGACUCGCCUACAUUUAAGAAGAAGACAGUCACGAUAAAAUAAGAGGAAGGCCAAGCCAGAUUCUUUAAAGUUUUCUGAUAUUUCCCAGAUCAACCAGGAGAAAGACAAGAUUUCUAAAAUUAUGGAAACCCAAAAGCGGCAGACCAAGCUACAGGAUAUCAUGAAUAAAUCUCACUUGAAAGUGAGAAGACUCAAGCAUUGUCAGAAGAACAAAAGAUUAUUUGAUUGCAAUGGAAAUCCUAUUUCCGCAUAUGACUUGGCCCUUCCUACAGUGAGUCAGCCAAAGCUGUCUUCAAAGAGGAAUCAGCGGGAGCAGAUCGACAAGACAGUUACGUUUGAUUUUCGGAAGAAAGAAUCGGAUCUCAAAAUAAGCAAAUCAACUGCCCAAAAAGGUCUAGCUACUCCUAAUGUGUCAGAUGCUAGGAAUAACAAUUUGUCAUUGAGUCAAUUGAUUUACCCAAGAGGGAUUGCUUCUGGCCAAGCUAGGAGGACAAGUGAAAACAGAAAGUAUAUUUGUAAAAACUUAAAAGAACCCAGGUCAAGCUCGUUAUCUCAUAAUUUGGCUGAGGAAAUACAACUUACUCCAAUGAUAGAGGUUCUUCCAAAAUAAACAGGAUGAUC